AUGAACUUGCUUUCAAGAAAGGCAAUGUGCAAUAGCCAUGGUCAAGAUUCCUCCUACUUCCUUGGUUGGCAAGAGUACGAGAAGAACCCUUAUCAUCAUCUUCAUAAUCCCAGUGGUAUUAUUCAGAUGGGUCUUGCAGAGAAUCAGCUUUCUUUCGACCUUAUAGAAGAGUGGUUGGCCAAGAACCCAGAUUCAUCUGGCUUUAGGAAAUCAGAUAAGUUGAUUUUCAGAGAUCUAGCUCUUUUCCAAGACUAUCAUGGUCUUCCCUCUUUCAAGAAAGCUAUGGUUGAUUUCAUGGCAGAAAUAAGAGGAAAUAAAGUCGAGUUUUUACCCGAUAAACUUGUGCUUACUGCCGGUUCAACUCCAGCCAACGAGACGCUCAUGUUUUGCCUCGCUGAACCUGGAGAAGCCUUUCUCCUUCCUACUCCUUACUAUCCCGGAUUUGAUCGAGAUCUAAAAUGGCGGACCGGAGUAGAGAUUGUCCCCAUUCAUUGCAACAGCUCAAACGGAUUCCAAAUCACUAAAUCUGCCCUUAAUAAUGCUUAUAAAACCGCUAUAAAAAGCAAUCUACGAGUUAAGGGCAUACUAGUCACCAACCCAUCCAAUCCACUUGGAACAACACUCACCAAAUAUGAACUAAAUUUGUUGAUCGAUUUCAUCUCCAAAAAACACUUACACUUGAUCAGCGACGAAAUCUACUCUGGCACGGUCUUUGACUCUCCUGAGUUCAUAAGCGUUAUGGACAUCCUUAAUAACAAAAAGCUAAAGAAAACAAAAGUAAGCAAUAGAGUUCAUAUCGUUUACUCACUCUCAAAAGAUUUAGGGCUUCCCGGUUUUCGAGUUGGAGCCAUUUACUCCAACGAUGAAACCAUUGUGGCUGCAGCUACUAAGAUGUCGAGUUUUGGCCUCGUCUCGUCCCAAACACAGUACCUCUUAGCUUGCAUGUUGUCUGACAAGAAGUUCACCAAAAAAUACAUCUCGGAAAACCAAAUUAGGUUAAGGAAACGACAAGAACAACUAGUUUCUGGCCUUCGGGCUUCUGGAAUUUCCUGUCUAAAAGGAAAUGCCGGGUUGUUUAGUUGGGUUGACAUGACACACCUUUUGAAGUCCAAAACUUUUGAGGAUGAAAUGGAUUUGUGGAAGAAGAUUGUUUACCAAGUCGGCUUGAAUAUAUCCCCUGGUUCAUCAUGCCAUUGUGUUGAACCGGGUUGGUUUCGUGUUUGUUUUGCCAACAUGUCUGAAGAAACCCUAGAUCUUGCCAUGAGACGUGUACACGAACUUGUCCAAGUGGAGUACAAAAGGGAAACUCAUUUGUCAUUGUUGUAA